UUCAAGAAGGCAAUAAAGAAAAUGAUGUAGCUGAGGAGGCUUUAGGUGGAGAGUCUCGCAUGGGAAGACCAAAAAGGCGGACAAACACAGAGACCUGGAAAGUCAACACUCAGAAAAGGAGAAGAAUGAUGGGUCAGUCAUAUCUUGGAAGAAGGCAAAAUGAGGAAGUGACGAGGGAAGAAAGAAAAAUGGGUAGGCCAUGCCAGUCUGUAUUUUGUAGGAAAUCGAAAAAGCUGCACUGUGAAGCAAUACAGGAAGCGGACAGGGAGGCAAUUUUUAAAUACUUCUGGGAAAAAUUAGACUGGAGGGAGAGGAAAAUUUAUGUUGUGUCACUGGUAGAUGUAGGCCCUGUGAGAAGACGACGGACAGGAGAAGAACAGUCAAGGAGGUCAGCAUCCAUUCUGUGUCACCUUAAAGUGGAUGGCAAAAGGACCAGGGUAUGUCAGAGCAUGUUUCUUUCAACACUAGGGAUCAAGCAGUGGUGCUUUCUAAGUUGGGUUGGCCGGAGAGAGCCUGAAAAGAUAAAGAAAACCAGCAUCAGGAAUGAAGAGGUUGAGUUCCUUCAGCAGUUUCUAAAGGACCUUCCUAAGGUUCCAUCUCAUUACUGCAGAUCUUCCUCUACAAAAAUGUACUUGGAACCUCUUUUUAAAUCCAUCAGUCAUCUUCAUUCUGAAUACACCCAUGCUUGUGCAGAAAAUAAUGUCCAGUCUCUUUCAAGACAAGUAUUCAGUAGCAUUUUUAACCAAUUAAAUCUCUCGCUGUUUCACCCCAAGAAAGAUCAGUGCAAUACGUGCUGUUCAUAUAAAGUUGGAAACAUAGAUGCUGGCACAUGGGAAGAACAUUGCAGGAAGAAGGAGUCAGCAAGAGUGAGCAAGCAGGAAGAUAAAAACAAUGCAACUGAGAAAACAAUGGUGGUGUGUAUGGAUCUGCAGGGUUUACUUCUUUGCCCCAAACUUCAAGCCUCAGCACUCUACUAUAAAACCAAGCUUGGUGUCCACAACUUCACAAUGUACAACAUGGCAACCCAUGAUGCUACUAAUUAUUUGUGGCAUGAAGGGGAAGGUGGACUCACAGCUAAUGAAUUUGCUUCAUGUAUCAUCCACUUCCUUGAGGAACACAGCAUGCAUGAUGAAUACAUCUUAUGGAGUGAUGGAUGCAGCUAUCAAAAUCGCAACAUAGUUUUAAGCAAUGCUCUGCUGAAGUUUGCAACUGAGAAGCAAAAGGUCGUUACCCAGAAGUACUUGGAAAAAGGGCAUACACAAAUGGAAUGCGACUCCGUGCACAGCGUGAUAGAGAGAAGACUGAGAGACAGAGACAUCCAUGUUCCAGCCGAGUAUGCCACGGUGAUCAGAGCAGCACGGUCCAAUCCCAGGCCAUACAAUGUGCAAUAUGUCAACCACAGUUUCUUCCAGGACUACAGCAAGCUGAAGCUUUGUAAGUCCAUCCGUCCUGGCAAAAACCCUGGAGAAUCAACUGUGUUUGACCUCCGGGCUAUCAGGUACAACGUGGAUGGUACCAUGGACUACAAAACUGUCCAUGCAGAUGACUGGACACCUUACCUCUCACCCACUCUUAGGAAGAGGAACAGUGACACCACAGUGCUACCACUGUACACAUCCAGCCUGAGAAUCAAGGCGCUGAAAUACAAGCACCUCCAAGAACUUAAGAAUUUCAUUCCCAAGGACUUUCAUGGAUUUUAUGAUUCACUUAACUAUGAGUGAUAUGCAUCACCAGUCUGCAGGUUCACUGUUUAAUGUGGAGUUGGCUCACGUGUGUACAUAAAAAAAAAAAAAGCCACAGACCAUUUUCUUGAGUCUGACUGUGAGUCUCAAAACAUGAUUUAUGUGUUUUCCUAAUGAUUUCCCACAAGUAAUUCAGAUUUGUAUCCAAUAUCUACAUGGAGUUUAGUUAUUUAUCAAAAAGAGAUAUAACAUUUUAUUAGUAGUUGAUACAGGUUAUUCUAUUGAAAUGUUUGUUGGUUCGUAUGUUUUUUCUUGUACAUAUCUGAAAUUUAUAUGAGGUUUUUAUUAAAUAAUUGACGUUUCCUCGUACAGUAAAUAAUAACUUGAUUUAUAAAUUACAUUGUCUGUAACUUUUAAAUUUGUAUUAGUUGAAAGGUAUCUAAGUGACAUAGUAAAACAUUUCUUAAUAAAUCUAUAAAUAUC